AUGAUCUCAGGGUUUUCUGUUGGCUCAAUUCAAGUGUCUCAUCUUCAAUAUGCUGAUGAUACGCUAGUUUUUCUCGAUGGAAAGGAGAAAGGAGCAGAAAAUCUGGUUUUAGUACUUCAAAUUUUUGAAUCUAUUACAGGGCUGAGGGUAAACUUUAACAAAAGCUCUGUCAUAAGCAUAGGAGCUGACCACAAAAUAGAAGAUAUUGCAAGAAUCCUGAACUGCAAAAUUGAGAAACUGCCACUAAAAUUUUUGGGUUUGGCUGUUGGAGCAAAUGCAAGAUGUGUUGAUAUUUGGGAUGUUGUGAUAGAGAAGUUCCAGAAAAAACUUGCUCCAUGGAAAAGGAGAUUCUUCACUAAAGCAGGUAGAGUUCUUUUAAUCAAGACUUCACUAUCAAGUCUUCCCAUAUACUAUAUGUCAAUCUUUCCAACGCCUGUGAGUGUGGAAAAGAAGCUUAACCAGAUAAUGAGGAAUUUUAUGUGGGGUUCAACUGCUGAUUCUAGAAAGAUUAAUUGGGUUGCUUGGGAGAGAGUUUGUACAACUAAAAAGAAAGGGUGGACUUGGAAUCAGAAACUUAAAGCUUACCAAUAA